AGCCAGUGGUGGUAUACGCCAGUACCCGAUAGGACCAACAGCACCUAUCGGCGCCACCUCCUAUCGCCAAAAGGACCAACAGCACCUAUCGGCGCCACCUCCUAUAGCCAAAAGGACCAACAGCACCUAUCGGCGCCAUCUCCCUAUUGCCAAAAGGACCAACAGCACCUAUCGGCGCCACCUCCUAUCGCCAAAAGGACCAACAGCACCUAUCGGCGCCACCUCCUAUCGCCAAAAGGACCAACAGCACCUAUCGGCGCCACCUCCUAUCGCCAAAUGGACCAACAGCACCUAUCGGCGCCACCUCCUAUCACCAAAAGGACCAACAGCCCCUAUGAGGCGCCACCUCCCUAUCGCCAAAAGGACCAACAGCACCUAUCGGUGCCACCUCCUAUCGCCAAAAGGACCAACAGCCCCUAUCGGCGCCACCUCCUAUCGCCAAAAGGACCAACAGCCCCUAUGGGCGCCACCUCCUAUUGCCAAAAGGACCAACAGCACCUAUCGGCGCCACCUCCUAUCGCCAAAAGGACCAACAGCCCCUAUGGGCGCCACCUCCCUAUCGCAAAAGGACCAACAGCACCUAUCGGUGCCACCUCCCUAUCGCCAAAAGGACCAACAGCACCUAUCGGUGCCACCUCCCUAUCGCCAAAAGGACCAACAGCACCUAUCGGUGCCACCUCCUAUAGCCAAAAGGACCAACAGCACCUAUCAGUGCCACCUCCCUAUCGCCAAAAGGACCAACAGCACCUAUCGGUGCCACCUCCCUAUCACCAAAAGGACCAACAGCACCUAUCGGUGCCACCUCCCUAUCACCAAAAGGACCAACAGCACCUAUCGGUGCCACCUCCUAUCACCAAAAGGACCAACAGCACCUAUCGGUGCCACCUCCUAUUGCCAAAAGGACCAACAGCACCUAUCGGUGCCACCUCCUAUCACCAAAAGGACCAACGGCACCUAUCGGUGCCACCUCCUAUCACCAAAAGGACCAACAGCACCUAUCGGUGCCACCUCCUAUCACCAAAAGGACCAACAGCACCUAUCGGUGCCACCUCCUAUCGCCAAAAGGACCAACAGCACCUAUCGGUGCCACCUCCUAUAGCCAAAAGGACCAACAGCACCUAUCGGUGCCACCUCCUAUCACCAAAAGGACCAACAGCACCUAUCGGUGCCACCUCCUAUCACCAAAAGGACCAACAGCACCUAUCGGUGCCACCUCCUAUCACCAAAAGGACCAACAGCACCUAUCGGUGCCACCUCCUAUUGCCAAAAGGACCAACAGCACCUAUCGGUGCCACCUCCUAUCACCAAAAGGACCAACAGCACCUAUCGGUGCCACCUCCUAUCACCAAAAGGACCAACAGCACCUAUCGGUGCCACCUCCUAUCACCAAAAGGACCAACAGCACCUAUCGGUGCCACCUCCUAUCACCAAAAGGACCAACAGCACCUAUCGGUGCCACCUCCUAUUGCCAAAAGGACCAACAGCACCUAUCG